UUCCUUUGGCGAGAUACCCAGCUUGAGAAGCAAGCAGGAAGAGGAGGCUUUCUAAGGCGGUCGCUACUCGGAAAUUGGGGCUCUAGGACUGACCACUUAUCCCAGUAUCUACCAGCUACUGGGAGAUUGAGUCGGCGACAACGUGAGACUGAAUCCGGUCAAGUUUGCUGGAAGACCAGAAAGCGAUGGCGGCUGGAGAGGGAAGGGCGCGCAUUCUGAAACAAAGGCAAGUCCUGAUAUUCUUUGUUUUGCUGGGCAUAGCUCAGGCUGGUUCCGAGCCUAGGCGCUAUUCGGUGGCCGAGGAAACGGAGAGUGGCUCCUUUGUGGCCAAUUUGUUAAAAGACCUGGGGCUGGAGGUAAGAGAACUAGCUGCGAGGGGGGCCCGGGUCGUUACCAAAGGAAAAAGAACGCGUUUGCUGUUGGAUAGACAGACCGGAGAUUUGUUCUUAAAUGAGAAACUGGACCGGGAGGAGCUGUGCGGCCCCACCGAGCCCUGUGUAAUGCCUUUCCAGGUGUUAUUGGAAAACCCUUUGCAAUUUUUUCAGGCUGAGCUACGGAUUAGGGACAUCAAUGAUCAUUUCCCAGUUUUCCUAGACAAGGAAAUAAUUUUGAAAAUUUCAGAAAGUAUCCCUCCCGGAUCUACUUUCCUAAUAGAACGUGCUCAGGACUUGGACAUAGGAAACAACAGCCUCCAAAAUUACACAAUCAGCCCCAAUUCACACUUCCAUCUUAAUUUACAAGACAGCUCCGAUGGCACAGUAGUACCACAGCUGGUGCUGGACAAAGCGCUGGAUCGCGAGGAACAGCCAGAGAUCAGUUUAACACUCACAGCGCUAGAUGGCGGGACUCCACCCAGGUCUGGCUCCGCCCUGGUCCGCAUUGAGGUCCUGGACAUCAAUGACAACGCCCCUGAGUUUGCAAAGCCUCUCUAUGACAUGCAGGUCCGCGAGGACAGCCCCAUUGGAUUCCUGGUAACUACGGUCUCUGCUAGGGAUUUAGACAUCGGUGCCUACGGGCAAAUAUCUUACGUGUUUUCUCAAGCCUCUGAAGACAUUCGCAAAACCUUUAGAAUAGAUACAAAAUCGGGAGAACUCCUUUUAACCCAGAAACUGGAUUUCGAAUCCAUUCAGAGUUAUACAGUAACUAUCCAGGCUAUAGAUGGUGGGGGCCUUUCUGGAAGUUGCGUGGUGUUUAUCCAAGUGAUGGAUUUAAAUGACAACCCUCCAGAACUGACCAUGUCCACACUCAUCAGUCAGAUUCCAGAAAACUCGCAGAACACUACAAUCGCUGUGUUCAGUGUUUCGGAUUCUGACUCAGGCGACAAUGGAAGGAUGAUAUGCUCCAUCCAAGAUGAUCUUCCGUUCUUCCUGAAACAGUCUGUGGAGAAUUUCUACACCUUGGUAACAGAAAGGCCGCUGGACAGAGAGAGCCAAGCCGAGUACAACAUCACCAUCACCGUCACAGACCUGGGGACACCCAGGCUGACCACAGAGCACAGCAUAACAGUGCUGGUCUCCGACGUCAACGACAACGCCCCCGCCUUCACCCAGGCCUCCUACACCCUGCUGGUCCGCGAGAACAACAGCCCCGCCCUGCACAUCGGAACCAUCAGCGCCACAGACGCAGACGCGGGCACCAACGCCCAGGUCACCUACUCGCUGCUGCCGCCCCACGACCCGCAGCUGGCCCUGGCCUCGCUGGUGUCCAUCAACGCCGACAACGGCCAGCUGUUCGCGCUCAGGUCGCUGGACUACGAGGCCCUGCGCGCCUUCGAGUUCGGCGUGCGCGCGGCAGACCGCGGCUCGCCCGCGCUCAGCAGCCAGGCGCUGGUGCGCGUGCUGGUGCUGGACGCCAACGACAACGCGCCCUUCGUGCUCUACCCGCUGCAGAACGGCUCUGCGCCCUGCACCGAGCUGGCGGUGUCGUCGCUCUUCCUGCUGUGUGUGCUGCUGUUCGUGGCGGCGCGGCUGUGCAGGAGGGCCAGGGCGGCCUCGCUGGGGGGCUGCUCGGUGCCCGAGGGCCCCUUCCCGGGCCACCUGCUGGACGUCAGCGGUACUGGGACCCUGUCCCACAGCUACCAGUAUGAGGUGUGUCUGAGGGGAGGGACUGGGACCAGUGAUUUCAAGUUUUUGAAGCCUAUUAUCCCCAGCUUCCUUGCUGAAGGUGUGGAGAGGGUUAGUGAGGCCAACCCCAGUGUCAGGAAUAGCUUUGAAUUCAAUUAAGUAUUAGUGAGUGGAGGGUGCGCUCCCAGGACUGCAGGUGAGCCACGAGAUGGUCAGCCAAUUCUCAGAGACCUCAGGGCUUAAUCAGUGAUUCUGGCACAGGAGCUGUUUACUUAUGAUUAGACCCGUUUCUAGUUCUUUUUUUUUAAAGUUUUACUAAGGGUCUACUGAGCCUAGUCUCCACUGAUUUGCAGAAAGUCUUUUUUAAAACCUCUUUGCAUAUUGGAAAUUUCUC